AUGCGAAAGUUUGUGCGAGACCAGAGUUUAAGAGACUUUCAAUUUCCGGAUGAAUUCCAACCACAUUUCAAGGAUAUAACCGACCAUUUGAGCCACACUGAUCGUAAGCCAGACACGCUCUUAAUGGAUAACAAACUGUGCCUUGACAUUCUUAAACUUAGUGAAUGCAGAGUUGACAUUACAAAUGAAUUGUGGUUUUCUUUGAAUGGUUAUGAUUUUGGGUCCCCUCAUGUAAUUGAUUCUUUUGAUAACGACGAGCUUCAUUACAUCCACGAAGUGUACAAGAUCUUUCUUCCAGAUAUACCAUUAUCAAGUAUACCUCUCAUGUACGACAAGUACGCUUCAGUGGCGUUUGCGGGAGAACGAUACGGUUCUUGUUUUUCGCGUCUCAAUCGCGUUGCAUACGUUGUGGCAAAGUGGGCUGGACGAUAUGAUGGUAGUGUCGAUUUGGAAGCCCUUAAUCACAGGCCAGGCAUGAUCGAAUAUUUCAUUCGACAGUGCAUUAGCUAUCGCGGAAACCUCUAUCCGUUCUGCUUCGCGUAUGUGCGCUGGUUUCAGUAUCACCCUGAGCAAUUUCAUUGUGGUAAUGACGGUGUCACGCCAGAGAUUUGGUGCGCAAACUUGUUCGAGAGCCUUGGUGCGUCUUCGUUCAUACCCGUCCAACGUUUAGCCAAAAAAUUUGUUGCAGGUUAUGAAAAGGUUAAAGACGAGAAAGUUUUGUUUGUCAUGCCCCUUGAAGAAAGGGUUCUUAUAUAG